AAUGCUAGGGAGAGAGAGAAACAGCUCUGAGCAACAGAGUGUAUGAGAGACAGAGGGGUAAAGAAGAAAAAGAGAGAUCUAGUUAGAUAAAUGCUGCAAAUACUGGAUUCUUAAAAUGCAAUUCAAGUUCACAGAGAGAUAGGGAGACAGGGGGAGGGAAGAAAAGGGAGGAUAAAGGAGGAAACCAAGGAAGAGAAAGAAGGAGAGAGCUGGGAUCAGAGGAGUGCUGAAGACAUGCUGGUCAAAGAGUACAGAAUCUGCAUGCCUCUCACUGUGGAAGAGUACAGGAUAGGCCAGCUCUAUAUGAUCAGUAAACACAGUCUGGAGCAGAGCUCAGCAGGGGAGGGGGUUGAGGUGACAGUAAACAGGUCCUGCGAGGACCCCAAACAUGGGAGAGGCCAAUAUACUGAGAAGAGAAUCUACCUGAGCAGUAAACUCCCUGGCUGGGCUCAAACAUUUGUGCCCAAAAUCUUCUACAUCACAGAGAGAGCCUGGAACUACUAUCCAUUCACCAUCACAGAAUAUACUUGCUCUUUCCUGCCGAAGCUUCAGAUCAGAAUUGAGACCCAAUUUGAGAACAACAGAGGAGACAAUAACCAGGUGUUUGUAGAAAGCCCCUCCCCUCCUCCUGAUGAAGUCUGUGCCCUCGACAUCGCCUUCGAUGAGUUACCUGAGAGAUACUACAAAGAGUCAGAGGACCUGCGGUUGUUCCGCUCUGUAAAGACAGGACGAGGCCCCUUGGUGGAGGGGUGGCGCUCUGACACCCAGCCCAUCAUGUGCUCCUACAAGAGGGUGUGUGCCAGGUUCGAGGUGUAUGGGUUACAGGGCAGAGUGGAGAGCUUCAUUCACAAGAACAUUCAAGACGUCCUGCUGAUCGGACACAGGCAGGCAGUGGCCUGGAUCGACGAGUGGAGCGGAAUGUCUCUUGAAGAUGUGAGGGAGUUUGAGAGAGACCUGCAGGAGCAAACUAACAGCAAACUGAAACAAAACACAGUGAUGGACAGUGCUGGUCCUCGUCACUCUCUCCUGACUCGCUCUCUCUCGAUGACAGAUGAAGCUUCUCUCCGAAAACUGGGGGUGCAGCCCCCCCAUGACCCUGAAACCCAAAGCACACAGCCCCCCCUCCACAAGAGACUGAACUCUAGCCCAGAGUGAAUACACACCCCUCCCUCCAUCUCCCCUCUCACCUCUCCCUCCCCAGCUCUCCUACUCCCUAAAGUCUUCUCUCCCUCUCCUCUUCCCCUAUUCUCUCUUUCCUAUCUCUCGCUCCUCUCCAAUCUCACACAAUAGAUUGCUAAUGUUUCAAUUAAAACUUUAUUUAAAUGUAAUUAUGCCACUGAGACUGUAUGAUGGGUUGUGUUCAGGUAUGAAGGCUGUAAUAUAGAAACUUGACUCUGCUUCAUAUUGAGUGAUUGUUUUCCUCAGGUAUAGUUCUCUGAGCACUGUGGUAAAGUCAUUGCUCAAUAAAACUAACUUGGACCCAAAGUCCUUAAUCGUUAUAGGCCAAUCUUAAUUUUAUAUAUAUUGUGUGCUUGAAAAAUGUGAAUGUGAAUUUCGUGCCGCACGUAGCGUCAAGGCAUUCGAGUAAUAAACGAUCUACUGAUAAAC